AUGCAAGUCGCGUUUGCACUGCAGCGGCCCGACACCAAGCGCCGCAGCGCUGCGAUGCGCAGCGGCUCGUCGCGGCACAGGCAGCUGGAGAAUGAGAUGGGCGUGGAAGAGAUAGAGGUCGAAGCUGAGACCGACGAGGAUCUGGCGGCGGUCAAACUGGUCAACACGGCAGCGGGCAUCACCCAAUUGCUGUCUGCGGAUUGCGUGACCCGGGAAGUAUUUCUCUUCGGCUGGCUGGGAGGAGGGGCGGAACCUGAAGCAUACGCGCAGGACCAUCGUCAUCGUCAUCAUCAACAUCAGCAGCAGCAGCAGCAGCAGCAGCAGCAGCAGCAGCAGCAGCAGCAGCAGCAGCAGCAGCAGCAGCAGCAGCAGCAGGGUCAGCAGCAGGGUCAGCAGCAGCUUCCAGACGUGUUUGUCACUGGAAUUGCUGACGAGCUGCGGCUGCAGGCCAGUCGCGUCGACGGCACCUGGCAAGUGGCCGUUGUAGAGCGCAAGACCCGAGCCUCGCGCGGCGCGCCGCGCGCCGAGCAGAUCGCGCCCGCGCGGCUGCAGGCCAUGCUGUACCUUCAGCUGCUGCGGGGUGUGCGCGCCGCGAGCGCCCCUGGCGCGCUCCACAGGUUUUGCGGGGCGAUGGGCGGGCUCGACCCGGGGGCGCGGCUGUCGUCGCGCGUGGCGGCGGAGGCGGCGGCGAUGUUCGGCUGCACGCCGGCCGGUGCCAGCGCCGCCGAUCCCGGCGGGAGCGGCGGCGUCUGCGGCGACAAGGGGGCUGUCGCGAUGACGCUGGCUGAUGCGAUGGGCCUCGUGCAUGCAGCGGCGACGCGUUUGCCGCCCAUCAGCGAGCAGCUCGUGGUGAUCUGGGAGGCCCAAGGUGACGCGUCCCUCAUCUGGGAGGACCGAUUCCAACACCACCCCCGCUGGCUAGCCAGCCGCCUCGCGGCGCACACGGCCUUCUGGCGGGGCGCCGCGCCGCCCCUCAAGGUGCUACCGGAGCAGGCUGACUACAAGUGUGGGUGGUGCCCCUAUCAGGCGCCCUGCGGCGGCCUGGCGUGCGGGCGGCACCAAGAGAGCGAGGAGCUCUUCUGA